AUGCUUCACAAUUUGAGGACUUUUACAAAAAAUUUUCAUUAUGUGAGCUGUUCGCCAUUGGCUGCCGCAGCAGCUGGUCCCAGCACGAAUGCUCUUCCCUGGCUGAGUAUUCGAUAUUUUCGGCCAAUCUUCGAUUGGAUGGAAAAGAUUUUGUGCUUUUCCAGUGGUUUUUCGGGUGCAGAAAUCUGUUUCUCCUUUGGCACAUGUAUUUUUGGUGCUGUGCUCUAUGACUUACCAUCAGGUAAGAUGUCCAAGAGAGGACGCGGUGGAGCAUCUGGAGCCAAGUUCCGUAUCUCUCUUGGUUUACCAGUGGGAGCCGUGAUUAACUGUGCCGACAAUACUGGAGCCAAAAACCUCUUUGUUAUCGCAGUCUAUGGCAUUCGUGGAAGAUUGAACAGGCUUCCUAGUGCAGGAGUUGGUGACAUUUCGAAUGCACAACCGCUUUUUAUCAAAUUAGGUUCAACCUUUUUUAAUGAGGGCGAACUUAGGGUCUAUGAUUAA